AUUUCGGCGAUUUCCUUUUUCUUUCUUACAAGCAACAUCAAUCAAUCAUUUUAGUUAAAAAUUUAAAAUAUAUAACAAAUUAAAAAAGACAGUCAGUUCGAUGUAAUCGACAGUACAUCUACUGGAUCGCCAGCUGUAUGUAGAGAGAAAUGAGCAGCGAAGCGUAAAUAAAAAGAGAUAACAGGGGGAGAGAGCGAGAGACAGAGAGAGCAGGAAAUGGCGUGCUGAGGGGGCGACAAGCACCACAACUCAACUGUGAGGUUCCCACUGGAAAGCUAGAGAGAGAGAGAGAGAGAGACAUCAUGGAAGCGAGUGCCGGUAUGGUUGCCGGAUCCUACCGCCGGAACGAGCUGGUUAGGAUUCGCCACGAUUCCGACAGCGGGCCCAAACCAUUGAAGAAUCUGAAUGGUCAGACCUGCCAGAUCUGCGGCGAUAGUGUUGGACUUACUGCUAGUGGUGAUGUCUUUGUUGCCUGCAAUGAGUGUGCCUUCCCUGUUUGCCGUCCUUGCUAUGAGUAUGAGAGGAAGGAUGGCACCCAGUCUUGCCCUCAAUGCAAGACUAGGUACAAGAGGCACAAAGGGUGCCCUCGGGUUGAUGGAGAUGAAGAUGAAGACGAUGUUGAUGAUCUUGAAGAUGAGUUCAGUUAUCAAGGCAUGGGCAAAGCACGUCGCCACUGGCAGGGUGAUGAUGUGGAACUGUCUUCAUCAUCCAGACAUGAAAGUCAAAUGCCAAUUCCCCUUCUGACUAAUGGGCCACAGGUUUCUGGUGAAAUUCCUACCCCUGACACGCAGUCUGUGCGAACUACGUCAGGGCCUUUGGGCCCUACGGAGAAGAAUGUACAAUCAUCUCCUUAUAUCGAUCCAAGGCAACCAGUUCCUGUUAGAAUUGUGGAUCCUUCAAAGGACUUGAAUUCUUAUGGCCUUGGGAAUGUGGACUGGAAGGAAAGGGUGGAAGGUUGGAAACUCAAACAGGAGAAGAACAUGGUGCAUAUGAGUAACAGACAUAGUGAAGGAAAAGGUGAUAUUGAAGGCACUGGUUCUAAUGGGGAAGAGCUCCAAAUUUCUUUCUUGUUAAACAGGGCUGAUGAUGCUCGACAGCCUCUUAGCCGGGUGGUUCCUAUUCCUUCUUCUCACUUGACCCCAUAUCGUGUUGUAAUCAUUCUCCGGCUGAUCAUUUUGGGGUUCUUCUUGCAAUACCGUGUCACUCACCCCGUGAAGGAUGCAUACCCAUUGUGGCUUAUCUCUGUCAUUUGUGAGAUCUGGUUUGCUUUGUCUUGGAUUCUGGAUCAGUUUCCCAAAUGGUAUCCCAUCAAUCGUGAGACCUACCUUGACAGGCUUGCUUUGAGGUAUGAUCGUGAAGGGGAGCCAUCUCAACUAGCACCUGUUGAUGUGUUUGUGAGUACUGUGGACCCCAUGAAAGAACCUCCACUGAUUACUGCAAACACUGUCUUGUCAAUUCUCUCUGUGGAUUACCCGGUUGACAAAGUAUCAUGCUAUGUCUCUGACGAUGGUUCAGCAAUGUUGACAUUUGAAUCCCUCUCCGAGACUGCUGAAUUCGCUAGGAAGUGGGUGCCAUUCUGCAAGAAGCAUAAUAUCGAGCCUAGAGCUCCUGAGUUUUACUUUGCCCAAAAGAUUGAUUACUUGAAGGACAAGAUUCAACCUUCAUUUGUCAAAGAGAGACGAGCAAUGAAGAGAGAAUAUGAAGAAUUCAAGGUGCGAAUCAAUGCACUGGUUGCUAAAGCACAAAAGAUGCCUGAAGAAGGCUGGACUAUGCAAGAUGGAACCCCAUGGCCUGGAAAUAAUCCUAGGGAUCAUCCUGGAAUGAUCCAGGUCUUUUUAGGACACAGUGGUGGACUUGAUACAGAUGGAAAUGAACUACCUCGUCUUGUCUAUGUUUCUCGUGAAAAGAGACCUGGUUUCCAACAUCACAAGAAAGCUGGAGCUAUGAACGCAUUGAUUCGAGUUUCAGCUGUACUGACCAAUGGUGCCUAUCUACUGAAUGUUGAUUGUGAUCACUACUUCAACAACAGCAAAGCUGUGAAAGAAGCCAUGUGUUUCAUGAUGGACCCUGCCUAUGGAAAGAAGACAUGCUAUGUGCAGUUCCCCCAGAGGUUCGAUGGCAUUGAUUUGCACGAUCGAUAUGCUAAUCGCAAUAUCGUCUUCUUCGACAUCAACUUGAAGGGGCUGGACGGUAUCCAGGGCCCAGUUUAUGUGGGAACUGGUUGUUGUUUCAACAGACAAGCACUUUACGGUUAUGAUCCUGUUCUUACCGAGGAGGAUUUAGAACCCAACAUUGUUGUCAAGAGCUGCUGUGGAUCAAGGAAGAAGAGCAAGAGUGGCAACAAGAAAUAUUAUGAUAAGAAGAAAGGAAUAAAGAGAACCGACUCUUCUGUCCCAAUGUUCAAUCCAGAAGAUAUUGAGGAUGGCUAUGAUGACGAGAGGUCUCUCCUAAUGUCUCAGAGGAGUCUUGAAAAGCGUUUUGGUCAGUCACCAGUUUUCAUUUCUGCAACAUUCAUGGAGCAAGGAGGCAUUCCACCCUCAACGAAUCCUGCUACCCUUCUCAAGGAAGCUAUCCAUGUCAUUAGUUGUGGUUAUGAAGACAAGACCGAGUGGGGCAAAGAGAUUGGAUGGAUCUAUGGUUCGGUUACUGAAGAUAUUUUAACUGGGUUCAAGAUGCAUGCCCGUGGUUGGAUUUCUGUCUACUGCAUGCCUCCACGCCCAGCAUUCAAAGGGUCUGCGCCUAUUAAUCUGUCUGAUCGACUGAACCAGGUUCUUCGAUGGGCCUUGGGUUCGAUUGAGAUCUUGUUGAGCAGGCAUUGCCCCAUAUGGUAUGGCUACAAUGGGAAACUAAGACUUUUGGAGAGGCUGGCCUACAUUAACACCAUUGUCUAUCCCAUAACAUCUCUUCCACUGCUCGCCUACUGUGUUCUUCCUGCCUUCUGUCUCCUCACUAACAAAUUCAUAAUUCCCGAGAUAAGCAACUUUGCCAGUAUGUGGUUCAUCCUUCUCUUUUGCUCCAUUAUCGCCACUGGAAUCCUCGAACUCCGAUGGAGUGGAGUUGGUCUUGAGGACUGGUGGAGGAAUGAGCAGUUCUGGGUCAUCGGUGGCACAUCAGCUCAUCUCUUUGCCGUCUUCCAAGGUCUCCUUAAGGUCCUUGCUGGGAUCGAUACCAACUUCACAGUCACAUCGAAAGCUAAUGAUGAAGACGGCGACUUUGCUGAGCUCUACAUCUUCAAAUGGACGGCUCUCCUCAUCCCGCCAACCACGGUCCUCAUAGUAAACCUGGUGGGCAUCGUUGCUGGUGUCUCCUUCGCCAUUAACAGUGGCUAUCAAUCAUGGGGCCCACUGUUUGGAAAGCUGUUCUUCGCCUUGUGGGUCGUUGCCCAUUUGUAUCCCUUCCUCAAGGGUCUUUUAGGUCGCCAGAAUCGUACUCCGACAAUUGUCAUCGUCUGGUCCAUUCUGCUCGCCUCCAUCUUCUCGUUGCUGUGGGUGCGUAUCGAUCCCUUCACCUCGGAUUCCACGAAAUCUGCUUCUAAUGGUCAGUGUGGUAUCAACUGCUAGGAUACGUUUGUUUCCAUAUAUAAGAUCCUUCGUGUACAUAACAAUGACGAUUCGAGGAGGUGAAGAGAUGGUGUGCUGUUUAUGUAAAACUUGCUCAUGACCCAGACAAAGGAAGGGAAGGAUAGAUGCCUCAUGUCGUUUUUUGUGGGAGUUUUGUGAUGCUAUAUGCUGGAAGGACAUAGCCAACUGUAACUGUGAUUUAUUUGUGUACACUACGAGGAAGGAACCUGUCUUUUUGUUAUAAUGUUAUUCUUUGGUAAUAUUAUCCUUUUUAUAUGUAAGCAGAAUUUUUAUAUU